AGAGAGAGAGAGAGAGAGAGAGAGAGAACCUUUUAUUUUAUUAACCACAGACUCACAUCUUUCCAGUCUAUGCACUUGUGUAAUUAACUAACAUUUUGGACAAAGUGCUGCACCUUUUGCAAUACUUUUUAACCUUGCCCUAACCUUGGGCGAAACAUCACCUGACUGCGGCUAAUAAAUAGCAGAGAGUGGGUCAGUAAAUUGUAACCUGGUGUACAAAGCAAGCAAGCAAGCAAGCAAGCAAGCAAGCAAGCAGCCAGCCAGCCAGCCAGCGGGUGUUUUGAGUGAGAGGGACGACACGUUCGAAUCAAUGGAGCUCGGCGUUGCUAUCAUAAUUCUAUGCUUUGCAGCUGUUUUUGCUGCGUUCAUGUUACUAGUCGGUCUGAUAUACGCUGAGUUUUCGAACUCCGAGAUACCUCUAGGGGUUGCUCAACCCGGAAAAUUGAGGCUGAUUCACGGGCUCUUGGUAGGCAUUGCGGUCCUGGGCCGGAUCUUCCAGAAUAUGGGUCUGUGUACCCAGGUGGGCUUCACGCGCUGGGUCAGCAACACCCUGUUGCCCACAAGUAAGGUGCCCCCCCAGCUCCUGAUCAAAGACCUGACCUUUGCUGGGGUCCCUGUUCGGGUCUACCAGCCCAAAGCGCCCUCCUCUGGCCACCGCAGGGGACUGCUCUAUUUUCACGGUGGUGGAUGGAUGUUAGGAAGCAUUGAUACCUAUGAUGAUUUAUGUAGAUACAUCGCCAAGGAGUCUGAAACUGUAGUGGUCUCUGUUGGGUACCGCCUAUCCCCGGAGCACCGCUACCCGGCACAGCUAGAUGACUGCCUGGCAGCCACCUCUCACUUCCUGGAGGUGGCUGAGGCAGAUUAUGGCGUUGAUCCACGGAAGGUAGCUGUAGGAGGGGAUAGUGCAGGGGGGAACCUGUCGGCUGCACUCUGCCACCGGUUUGUGGAGAACGACCUGCCUCUGCCCUGUGCUCAGAUUCUGAUCUACCCUGUCCUGCAGAUGGCUGACUUCAACCUGCCCUCAUACCAGCAGAACCAGUAUGUGCCUUUGCUCUACAGGACCCGCAUGGGAUUUUACUACCUGCACUAUCUAAACGGGGACACCUCUUUAUUGGAGGACGUGCUGGAUGGACGUCACGUCCCAGUGGAACUCGAACUGAAGUACCGUAAGUGGCUGGGUCCGGAUAAUCUCCCCCCAGAGUUCAAAACUCGUGGCUUUACACCGAGAGCUGUAACCGCCCAUGACGAAGAGGUUUACGAUAUAAUGAAAGAUGCCCUGGAACCCAGCGUGUCCCCACUGCUGACUUCGGACACAGUCCUUUGUAAAAUGCCGCCCACUUUCAUCUUGACCUGUGAGUUUGAUGUGCUGAGAGAUGAUGGGAUACUCUUCAAGAAGCGUCUGGAGGACCUGGGGGUGCCGGUCACUUGGUGGCAUGUCCAGGACGGUUUCCACGGGAUUGUGAGUUUCUUUGAUAAAGGGUGGCUGACCUACCCAUCUGGUAAGCUGGCUCUCGACCACAUUGUCAGCUUUGUCAAGACUCUUUGAUCAGUGCGCAGGGAUUCUAUAGUCGCUACAAUAACUGAUUGAGUUUGACAUGGAUCAUAAUUAUGGUUUUACCCAGAAAAGCCAGAUAUCUGUUUUUCCCUGACCUCAAAUGCAGUUGCCUGCCAUGGUUAUAUGCAACAUAGGCUAGAUAAACUAAAGUAUCUUUAUAGAAGUAAGAGCCAGCGCCAUCUAGUGAUCUGCUACUUUGCAAACAAGUUUCCUUAAGUUUUUUGCACUGAGUGGGGCUGGUCCUUGCUAAUAUAGAGACACUUGGGAAGAUCUAGCCUACAUUAAAUAUGUCUGGCAUGUAACUAGACCUGAUGAGCAGCUCCUAGUCGAAACACAAAUUAUAUAAUUGCAAUAAGAGCCUCUAAGAAUUAUUUGGCAAAUAUCAUUCAAGCUGAAUUAAUUCACCAACCUCCAGCAUUUCUGACGGAAUAAUAUAUUCACAUCCUUCGUUUCCCCCCCCCCCCCCCCCCCUGCAAUUGGAGGUUCAAAUCUUGUCCUUUUGCAUCGGACGCUCAUUCGGUAACUUUCACCAUCAGUGGGAGUUGGGGAGAUCGGACACAGUCCCAGUUGAAAUCAUUUUGCUCUCAGCCUGCUGUUGGUGGAAGUGAACACGAUGUAUUUUAAAUGAAUUUCAUGUCAGUCCUAGUUGCAGCUUGACAUGUAACAUUAGUAUAUGUAUGGAAAUAAAGUCUUUUUUUGUGUGCCUGUUUUGUAAGCUAAUCUGUUUUUAAAUGAAAACCCUUAAGCAUAAAAUUUAGUGAAACUGCAUAAUCCUGCUGUUAUACUAUCGGUUGUGUAUUUCAGUAGCAGUAAUUGAUUAGGGCUGGGGUGGAAAACUCCAGUCCUCCAGGGCUAUUCCAUGUCAGGUUUUGGAGGUUAUCAAUUAAAUGAUUGAUUCAGUUAAGUAAUUAAGGGUAUGAUUGUAUGGAAUGGCUCUCGCGCUGCACAACUGGAUUAGACCAUGUGUUGCAGGGUCAGAAACUUACACUAGCCCUGCACCCAGGCCUGGAUUUCAGAAGUACCCUUAUUUAGAGAUCUUAUUGAAAUUAUGAGGUGCUAGCAAUCAGGCCCCUGAUAGAGCUGCUCUGAACUGAUUGCACUUCUCAUCACAGCAUGAAUAAGCACAGUCUUUGGGUUUACUUUUAGGAGUUGUGUGCAGUUGUAGAGGAGGUACACAUUAUUUAACAAGGGUCAAUUGUAUGUAUUUGAGGGUAGUUCAGAACCCAUGACUGGGUGCAGGACUAGUGUGAGUUUUUUUUUAGCUGAGUUAAGGUGUGAUUAAAAUAUUUUUAAACCUACAUUGCAAUGAAUUCUGCUAUUUGUAGUUCUGCAUCUCCUGUCAGAAGAGAGAUGUACUAUAUAAGGUACCAUUCAGAGAUUGUUUCUCCAUUUUAAGCAUAAUAGGUAAAAAUAAAAAAAAAACUGUAAUUUUGGUUAAGAAUAAAUGUUUUAUUGUGUUUAUGUUGUUAAUUGAAUGCAUGUACUUUUUACUGUCAUUUUAUAACCUUCAAUAAAAAAUUAAUUGGA